UGUUGCAGCAGGUGAGAAAAGGAGCAUGACUAAUUGUGUACUCUCCAUGUGGUUGCUGCUGCUGUUUGGGUUGCUGCUUGGUGUUCUUUGUUUUAUUCCUUUGGGCUGCUUAUAGAGGUUGGUGCAGCCCCUUUCAUUUGGGCUUAUUCCAUGCAAGAAGCAGUUCAACUUUCCCUAUAAUGUCACUGAAAGGAAUGGCCAUGAUAAUGUAUCUUCUGGACCAGGUGCACACUGCAAGCAUACUUAAUUGUGUUUGUGCUUUCAUGCCAAGCUCAUUGUGUCAUUUCUAAAGCUUCGUCGCUUGGUCUCCUGAUAGUGAGAAGAAUGGGCUCAGUUUCAGAGAUGCUCACCGUGGUCCCCCUUCACCAGAGGCCUGAUCUGCUGGAGGCCUGUGUUGACCUUAUCAACGAAGAGUGGAAGCGGAGCCGGGCCUCCCGCAUCCACUCCCUGCAGAGAUCCAACAGCAGCUUCCCCUUGUGCCUGGUGCUGAUCAGGACUCAGAGGCCAGUAGAAGAAACACCUGAAGGGAAACAGAGCCAGUCCCAGCUUCUGGGCCAUGCCAGGCUCUCCCGUGUUGUUGGCCGGCCCAAGAGCUUGUUCGUGGAGACAGUAGUGGUUGCCAAGGCUCUUCGUGGAAAGGGCUAUGGCAGGAAGCUAAUGGAAGCUGUUGAGAGUUAUGCCAAAUCCCGGGGUUUUUGCCAUCUGCACCUCACCACUCAUGACAAGCAGCAUUUUUAUGCCCACCUGGGCUAUCAUUACUCCAAGCCUGUUCAGUGUGCAGGAUUCGUGAGCUCCCUUGUGCCUGUUGGAUUUCUGGAGAGCGUCUCUCACCCUCAGCAUGAUGAAGAACAUCCUGCAGGGGCUGGACAGAGUGAUUCAAGUGCAUCUUACAGCAGCCGAUCUGGAUCCAAUUUCCCUUCACUGGGAUAUACAGUAUCCCCUUCCCCCUCCUCUGUUUCUUCAGGGUCUUUUCUUCCACCACCUCUAUUGCCACCUCCACCCCCUCCUCCCCCUGGCUUCUCUUUCCAGCUUGAUGGGUCCUCUGUUUUGGAACCUGUGCCUUUUUCUUCUGACAACGUUAGUGCCACGGCUGCCCCACAGCCUACUUCUCUACCUCCCCCACCUCCUGUGCCUCCACCAAAGGCCCCUUUGCCGGGUCAGCCAAAUUCAUGUGAACUUGGUUCUUGUGGCCCGCCGGGGGACAAGGCACAGGAAGAGAUGCUUCAGGGAACUCCUUAUCGAGACCUCAGAGCUCGGCCCAUAUUUUGGAUGGAGAAGGACAUCUGAUUAAUUUAUUUCAUGCUGUGCCACUGUGUUGAAGAUGAAGUGAUAAUUAGAGGAGGGAGGGAAACCCUUGAGAAGGAAAAAUUGGUAUUUUAUCUAUGGUGCAAGAUCACCGUUUUUUAAAUGGGAUAAGCCAAAGAAUUUGGUCAACUAACAGUUCUGUUUCAUCAGGCGCCUCUGAAGAGAAGAGCCCAUUUGAUGCCACGGAAAGGAGAAGAUGCUAAAACAACAAUCAGUGUAUUUUGAAUGCACAUGACCAAGGCUGUUAUAUUCUUCACCCAUGUACUAGAUUGAUUUUUGCAAUAAUACAGUGGGUGGAGCUACAUUGAGUAGUGUAUCACAUGAUUUUACUUUACCAAUAAACAAAUAUCUGAACUGUU